AUGCGCCUCAUGACUACUGCCGCGCUAAUCGGGACUGCUGCUGCAGCCUCGCUCAGCAGUGUCUGUACUAAAGAUUAUGUUCUCUCCGUCCUGCCUACCUCGAGCGAUGAUAUCCCCUCGGGCAUCACCAUCGACACCAGCUCCGUGACGGCCAGCACCUACCAGAACUAUUCCGUCACCGGUGCCACUUUCUGGGAGGACAUGACCGUCAGCUUUUGCGAAGUCUCCUUUGCGUAUAGCCAUCAGAACGGAGAUGACCGCGUCGUGGUCAAUUACUAUAUGCCGGAACCGACCAGCUUCCAAAACCGAUUCCUCGCCACGGGCGGUGCGGCUUAUACCAUCAACAACGGUUCGGGAGGUGCCGAUAUGCUGGGGGGUGUCGCCUUCGGCGCUGCCACCGGUUACACCGACGCUGGUUUUCCUUACUGGGGCGGCACUGACUUUGAUGAUGUGGUUAUCCGUGGCAAUGGCACCGCCAAUUGGCCGGCAAUUUACAACUGGGGUUACCAGGCCAUUGCGGAAAUGGCCCAGAUCGGCAAAGCCUUCACCAACAACUUCUUUGACGUCGGUGCGAACACCACGAAGCUGUACACCUACUUCAUCGGAUGCUCGGAAGGUGGCCGCGAGGCGUUCAGCCAGGCUCAACGUGCGCCCGAUUUGUACGACGGAAUCGUGGCUGGUGCUCCUGCCAUGCGCUACGGCCAGCAGCAAGUUAACCACCUCGCUGCGCCGGUUCAAAUCCAGACCAUCGGUUAUUAUCCUCCCUCCUGCGUCUUCCAGACGGUGGUCAACGCCACGAUAAAUGCCUGUGACGGAAUGGACGGCAAAGUGGAUGGCGUGGUGGCGCGCAGCGAUCUCUGCUUCCAGAACUUCAACGUCACCUCCAUGCUCGGCAAAUCCUACUACUGCGAGGCGAGCUCGACCAGCAGUCUGGGAUUGGGCUAUGGCAAGAGAAAGAGGCAGUCCACCUCGGCGACUCCCGCGCAGAACGGCACCUUUAACGCGAAGGACAUCGAGGUGAUCCAGGAUCUAUUGACCGGUCUCAAGGAUUCCAAUGGCGACCUUGUCUACUUCCCCUUCCAGCCGGCCGCUGGCUUUGGUGAUACCACCGUCUACGACAGCACCACCGAUACCUGGACGAUCACCUCCCCGAACUCCAACGGUGAAUGGAUCACCAAGUUUCUCAACUGGCAGAACGUCACCGAGCUGGACAUGUACGGUGUUACCAACGACGACUUGAAGCGCUGGAUGAUUGAGGGCAUGACCAAGUAUAUGGAUGUUCUCCAGACCACCCUCCCUGACCUGACUCCCUUCCACUCCAAGGGAGGCCGCCUCCUCCACUACCACGGAGAGGCCGAUACCAGUGUCCCUCCCGCCGGCUCUAUCCACUACCAUGAAUCCGUCCGGAAAACUAUGUACUCUAACCUCUCGUUUGCCGACGGCAACGACGCCCUGAACGACUGGUAUCGGUUCUACCUCGUCCCUGGCGGCGCCCACUGCGCCAUCAACGACGAGCAGCCGAACGCCGGUUUCCCCCGCGACAACUUCGCUCACCUCAUCGACUGGGUCGAGAAGGAUGUCGUUCCGGUCACCAUCAACUCCACCGUGCAGUCCGGCGCCAACGAGGGUGAAGUCCAGAAGGUCUGCACCUGGCCCUCACGUCCUUACUGGAAGGAUAACAACACCAUGAUCUGCGAGGAGAACCCUAGCUCCAUCAGCGCCAUGCUCUGGAACUUGACUGCUUACCUCACGCCAGUCUACUAA